AUGGUGGACGCUUUAGACUGUGUUGCCAUUUCAGGGUUAAUUGUAGCUGUUUUUGUUUAUUACAAUCGUGUUAAGUUAGCUGAUUGGUUAUUAGAAGAUGAUGAAGAUAUUACCGUUGCAAGUUCCGGAUGCCGUGUACUUGUAGAUGUAUUCCAUGAUAAUAAUAAGGAUUAUCUAGUUGUAUUUGGUUCCCAAACGGGUACAGCUGAAGAAUAUGCCAAGAAAUUUUCUAAAGAAUUGAAAACAAAAUUUGGAUUGAAUGUCAUGUGUGUUGAUAUUGAUAAUUAUGAUUUUGACACCUUAAAUCAAUUACCUACUGGUACAUUUGUCUCCUUUUUCAUUUCCACCUAUGGUGAAGGGGAUUUCCCCGAUACUGCUGUUGGUUUAGAUACUUUCUUAUCAAGCGCAGACCCUGAAAGUUUAAAUAAACUUAAAUUCACUAUUUUUGGAUUAGGUAAUUCAACUUAUGAAUUUUUUAAUGGUGCCUCCAAGAGAGCUUUGAAAGGCUUAGUAGACGCCGGGGCUACCCAUAUCGGUAAAUUUGGUAUGGCUGAUGAUGGUUUUGGAACUACUGAUGAAGAUUAUUUAUCUUGGAAAGAUGAAAUAUUAGAUAUAUUGAAGGCUGAAGGUGAUUUUAAAGUAACAAACAGUAAAUGGAAACCUUCUUUUAUUUUACAGAAAUUGAAUGAAUUAAAUGACAAAGUCUCAUUAGGUGAACCUUCUUUACAAUAUUUACCUUCAUCCAAAUUACCAACUACAUCUGAAGGUAUUCAAACAGGUCCAUUUGAUUUGUCAUAUCCUUAUGUAGCUCCAAUUGUCAAGACUCAAGAAUUAUUUUCUUUAGGUAAUGAACGUAAUUGUGUCCAUGUAGAAAUAGAUGUAUCAAAAUCGAAUUUAAAAUAUUCCACAGGUGAUCAUUUAGGUAUUUGGCCAUCUAAUCCAUUAGAAGAGGUGGAUAAAUUUUUAACUGCCUUUAAUUUAGAAUCUGGUAAUCAAGUAUUUAAAUUGAAAGCAAAUGAUCAUACUUUAAAAUUACCUUUCCCUAUCGUACCAACUACAAUCCGUUCAGCUGUUCAACAUUAUUUGGAAAUUACAGGUCCAAUUUCAAGAGAUCUUUUUACUCAAUUGAUCCAAUUUGCUCCUAAUUUAGAUAUUAAAAAUACGAUUGAUAAAUUAUCAAAGGAUAAAGAGCUAUUUGCAAAAGAAAUUACCUCUAAAUAUUUCAAUCUUGCAGAUGCCUUAUUAGAAUUAUCAAAUGGUAAACCAUGGACUAAAGUCCCAUGGGAAUUUCUAUGUGAAUCGAUUCCAAAAUUACAACCAAGAUAUUACUCUAUUUCUUCAUCUGCCAUCAGUGAAAAGCAGACUAUUCAUAUUACAGCUAUUGUAGAAAAAUCUUUUAAUCCAAUUAAUAGUAAACCAAUUUUGGGUGUAACUACUAAUCUUUUACAUAAUAUUGAAGUAGAGCAAAACAAUUCACAAGAUAAUUUAAUUACACACUACGAUUUGGAUGGUCCACGUGGAUUAUAUUCUAACUAUAAGUUACCAGUUUAUGUUCGUAAAUCCACAUUUAGACUACCCACUAAUCCAAGUACACCAGUUAUUAUGAUUGGUCCAGGAACAGGGGUAGCACCAUUCCGUGGGUUUAUUAGAGAAAGAGUAGCUAUGCUUAAAAAUGAACCAAAUAUUAAAUUUGGUAAACAAUUAUUAUUUUAUGGUUCACGUAAUGAAGAUGAUUAUUUGUAUAAGAAUGAAUGGCCCAAAUAUUCUGAAUCUUUAGGUAAUACAUUUGAAAUGAUUGUUUGUCAUUCACGUUUACCAGGAUCCAAGAAGGUUUAUGUUCAAGAUAAAUUAAAUGAAAACCGCCAAGAGGUAUUAAAAUUAUUGGAUGCAGGUGCGUUUAUUUAUAUUUGUGGUGAUGCUAAACAUAUGGCAAGAGACGUUAAUAAAGUAUUGACUGAUAUUUUGCAAUCUAAAGGUAUGAAUGAAGAAGAAGCUACAAAUGUAUUAAAGACAUUUAGAACAUCCGGCCGUUAUCAAGAAGAUGUUUGGUAA